AUGGCAUCCUCGCAGAAUGGCCAUGCUUUGGACAUAAACGACAAAGCUGUCGGGGUCAAAGAGAAACAGCUAAAGUUGAAGAGGAGAAAUCCUAUUCGAUGGACAGUGGGGUUGGUUGUGCGUCUUUGUAUUUGGUAUGUUUUACUAACCCCGUUUUUCCGAUGCCCGUCGCGCCUCUCCGAUCUGACAGGCUCUUCCCCACGAGUCUGUAAGCCGUACCUGGUGGUUAGAUCUUACGUCGAACCUCACAUCAUCCCCUAUUACAACACCUACGGUGCUCCAUAUGUCGAUACUGCGCGUCCCUAUGUUCGCGUGCUGAAUGAGAGGGUAUACACACCCGCUGCGCAUCUUACAAAGCGAGGCUACGAGAAAUAUGGGGCCCCAGCGUUGGAUCGGGCUCAGACUUACGGCCAGCAACAGUGGUCAUCCAAAGUUGUCCCUCAUAUCCAGUCUUCCAGGGACAAAGCAAAUGUUUGGUAUAAUGCUCAAGUAGCUCCGCAUGUGAAAUGCGUCACGUCCACUAUCUCGCCGUAUUACCAGCGAGUCCACUCUGCAUAUUGGACCGCUCUUGAUGGCUACAUCCUACCUUUCUGCGCCAGAUACCAGCCGUUCAUUGGGAAAACGUAUUCUUCAGGACAGGGAAUUUUAACGACCAGAGUCAUGCCGUUCGCGCAAAGCACAUGGUCCUCCGCGAUGUAUCUCGUCAACAACUCUCUAUGGCCGAAGAUCUCCAAUCUCUACUCGGAGAAUGUAGAGCCCCAACUGGUGAAGAUUGGGCAGCGGCUUGCAAGCUACCGCGAAGGAAGUCGCAUACGAACAGUCAUAGAUGAUGUCGACAACUCCUCUGAAUACUUGACGACUUUCGCCCCACCAUCAGUGGAAGUCAGCAAAGCUACAUCAUUCACACCAUCUUCUUCUCCCGAUCCCACACCAACUCCUUCACUCUCCCCUGCAGAGCUAGCCGCUCAAACACGUGAGAAAAUAGCGUCCGAUCUUGAAAUUUGGCAGCGAAAGUUUGCUGUGGCCGCUGAAAGCGGCGUCGAAGACCUCGAACGACGCGUGAAAGAGAUCGUCGGAAGCUACUUGGCGAGCGAAGUCAAGGCAAACGGAGAGAGCCUUGCUACUGCGCUAGAAAUCGCGGUUGAAGAUCAAACAUCCGCAGUUAAGAGCCGCAUCAAUGCCCUCGCCGAAUCUCUCCCAUUUGAAGAAGCGCCUCAAGAAGAAGAAACGGCAGCUGAGAAGCUAUUAAAGGCAGUCAGGAACGCAGCGAUUUCUAUCAGGGAUCGGGCUCACGCGCUCAGAGUGUGGCACAUUUCAUUCGAGCAAGAGCUGGUUCAGAUGGUUUCCGCCGCUGUUGACUCCACCCUGGCAGUCCUGGACGAUGUUCGGGAUUUGGGACUGCAGGAAAUAGGCAUGAGGUGGGCUUGGAUGGAUGGCGUUACCUACAAGGACUGGGAAGAUUACCAUGCGCUCAAGGGGCAGAUGGAAGAUUGGAAGGAUAAGUUCCGCAGCGUUGGGUUGCAACAUACAGCAGUCGAAGCGGCCAAGGCGCUCGGGGAGGACACCCUCUCCCGUGGAAUGGAUGUGGCCGAGUCUGCUGCAAAAGAGCUCGCGAGGUUGAAGGACGUUGGAAGGUGGAAGAUCGCUGCUCGGGAAGUCAGUGACGAUUUUGACACAAGAUCUUCGCCUCCCCCACCACUUCCGAAGCCUACCCCCGCGGAAGAAGAGGUCACAUCCGGGGGCGAUGAGACCACCACCUCACAACCAGCCCCUACUGAGAACAAUCCUGAGUGUGACACGGAAAAUCUCGCCGUGGAGACGGAGCACGAACCAGCAUUAGGACUGGAUGAUGAAAUUGUUCCUGAUUUAGAUCAGGAUCCUCUGUCCCCGGUGAAGGGUGAAGAAUCAUCAGCCCCAGCCCCCGAACCCACAGAGCCCUCCCAAGCUUCCCCAACUGACCACGGGACUGAGUCGGAAACCGUCCCUGAUCUGCAUCAGGGUACCUGGGGAGUGGCAGCUGCUGAAGUUAUCGCCGAUCAGGAUGUAGUGGGCGAUGAGUUCGUCCCUGGACAGGUGCAUGAGGAUAGCGAAGAUAUCGACAAUGAUAUAGUUGACACUGAGGCAACAAAACUGGCCGACGAACUGCUCGCCCAGUCAUUGGAUGUCGACGAAGCUGCAGAUGGCGGACCAGAGCAGCCCAUUGCCUCGUCGCCCCCCGCUUUACAGCCUACGCCGAAUGAGGCUGUGCAGGACCUGCUGUCCGACCUACUGGCAGGCAAGGAUGCUUCCUAUGCAGAGGAUAUCUUGCAGAAGCUUAAUGCGAUUUACGAACUCACAAAAAGCGCUUCCACCCCUUCCCCGGCACCUACUGACCCCGUUGUUGACUCCCCAACGCUCUCUUCCCCCCAGUCUCCCUUCUCUACAAGCACCUCGGGUCAGGAUGAAUCUACUAGCGAAGAUUUAUAA